UGAAAUGAAGCCUGAUUUUGACUCUCUUUUUUAAGCUUGCUUCUAGCGACGGAUAUCUCUUAGCUUAAGAUUCUAGAAAGUUGAAAACCCUCACCUCUUACCCUAAUUCUGGAGUGGAGUAAUCAUAUUGUUUUAGAUAUCUUGGCAUUGUAUGGCGUACGUAGACCAUGCCUUCUCCAUAACCGACGAGGACAUCUUGGUGGACACCUCCUACGCCGUUAACAAUCGGCCUCCGUUCAAGGAGAUCGGCCUCGCUGUGUCUCUUCUCGUCUUUGGCACGCUUGGGAUCAUAUUGGGUAUCUUCAUGGCCUACAACAGAGUCGGCGGUGACCGAGCCCAUGGGCUUUUCUUUACACUACUAGGCUGCGUAUUAUUCAUUCCGGGAUUCUAUUAUACGAGGAUUGCUUAUUAUGCAUAUAAGGGAUACAAAGGUUUCUCCUUCUCCAACAUUCCCCCUGUUUAGUGUCUUCCUUCUAUGUACAGAUCUUCUUUCAUUUAUCUAUGUUUCGUUACUUAUUUGUGUAUCCAGAAUAACUUCAGAGUUUGAAUGUUAUUUGUUCGUAUUAGAAUUGUGAGCAGCCACUAGUCCAAUCAUUGUUUGAGUGAAUGGAAGGAUAGAUGUUGGAAAGUUGUCUCUUCCCCUGUUUUAUUGCCUCGGUUCUAUGAUUGGAGUUAUCAAAGGCAUAUUAGAAACAUUCCUUGUAACCAGAGCUUCCGCUUGCCUCCUUACAAUAUGCACAAGAUACAGCUUCCAUUUAUUUGAUUGUAAUCACUUAACUUUCCAAAACAUGAAUUAUAGAAAACAUGAUUUUUCUUUCUUUGAA